AUGAUAAAAGUCCAUUUAGGCGUAAUCUCAGUUCAUCAAUGGUGUGAGUCUGUCCAGAAGGUGACCGGUUUGCAUCUUCCUUGGCGAGCUUUAGCGCCGAAGUUGGCGACACUUCAUCAAGAUGGAAAACAUGUGCUGUACAAGGAGAAUGUGCCCGUCGUACUCGUCGGGAAAGGCCAAGCCCAGGAUCGUGAUGUGGUCGAGUCUCUGUACAGACACAAGAGCACUUUGGAGACGCUGUUCCGAUUCAUGGAUAAGGAUAACUCCGGUCAAGUUUCCAUGCAGGAAUUCAUUGACGCAAUCCAGGUGUUGGGAAAGUACACGAAGCGGACUCUGUCAGCCGACUACGUCGCCGAAAUUCGCCGAAAGCAUCGACUUCAACAAGGACGGUUUCAUCGAUCUCAACGAGCUGUGUUGGGAAAGUACACGAAGCGGACUCUGUCAGCCGACUACGUCGCCGAAAUUGCCGAAAGCAUCGACUUCAACAAGGACGGUUUCAUCGAUCUCAACGAGCUGUUGGAAGGCGUUCCGAAUAGUGGAUCAACAAAAUGGACUAACCUAGAAGAAACUUCUCCCUAA